AUGUUUCCUACUCGCGCUCUCUUUGCGCGGUCUGUCUGGAAGGGCCCGAAUAUUGUCCCCCUCCCUCUCCCCCGCCAAGUUCCCCCACCACCAAACCACCCCCCAAUUAAGACGCAAAAGCGCGCCGCAACUAUCCUCCCGAACUUCGUGGGUUUGAGAUUCGCCGUGCAUAAUGGGAAGACAUACCAUGAGGUCGUGAUUAGUGAGGAGAUGGUUGGGAGGAAGUUGGGGGAGUAUGUUCCCACGCGGAAGAGGUUUACGUAUAAGUUGUCGAAGAACAAAUAG